GGGUGGGGCCUGGAGGAACACAGACUGUGGUCACUGACCGGAGUCUCUUCUGCCUUUUAUUCUCCUCAAAUCACACCGCAUGUCUGACCCAGGGGUCCAACCUGCUGCUGGGAGAAAUCUGCACUCACAUCCCCGAGAUCUGUCAGAUGGAUGCGGAGCUGAGGAUGAAAAGAUCGCCUGAUAUGUUUGUUGGCAUUUUCGCUCAUCGCCUAUUUAUGGGAGGCAGCGGCGGCGGCUCGGCCCUUUCUUUAUUAUAAGGAAAGAGAUCUCCGCGGUUAUAGCUAUGUGAAAAGAGCAGAUCGCCGAAUAAUUCUCGUUUCGCGAUCCCGAGGAAUAAUUAUGAACAACGCGCAAGAUAUGUCGCCCGAUUUCGUGUUGAUGCGCCUGGUUUCCGCGGCCGAGGAUGACCGCUUGGACGCGGAAAACGGGAAUCUGCCGCCGGGAGGAGUGUCGGUGGCGGGGCUGGGGAAGGACGUCCUGGCUCACAGCGGCGUCAAACCGGGGUUGGAUAUCAGCCGAGACCCGACGGUGGGCCUUGAGCAUCCCAACAAAGGCCAUCCGCCGCACGGAGAGACUGCACCUGACACCGGGGGGACGGAGAGCCGAGCCCCGGCGCCUGCUCCGCCGCAGAGCCCCAUGGAGGCCCAGGGCUUUGACUUCGCCCCCAGCCCCGGUUUAAGGCCUCAGCUGCUCGUCUUCUCCAAUAUAAUGCGGAAUGGAGAGGGGAUUUUAGAAUUAGACCGUCGGAAUCAGCAAAGGGAUGCUCUGGGUUUGGAUCAGAGCGCGGGCCCGGCGGUCAAUAACAACAGCCGGAGCACCGGGGACGCGCAGCAGCAGGACCUGAUGGACCGGACAUGGGGAGCGCAUCCGCCGGGCGAGAUGCACCAGGGAGCUGCGGAGCUUUGCCGCCGGCACCGACUCAUCACUACCACGCCCGAGUGGCCCUUGUUGUCGGAGAGAUCCAACCCUCUCACCGUGAUUGACUCUAAAUGGGGGUGCGCCUCCAGGGACAGAGAGGGAGCCGUGUUCGAGCUGGCGCGACGUUUCGGGGAGCUGGGGGUCGGUGCGGUGCCCAAGAUGCUGCUCAAAGCCGGGGAGCUCCCGCAGUGUUCGUGUCAGGGAGCUCACAGGCCGGCCGGAGGAGGAGUGGAGCCCAGGGGCGACCCCACUGAAACCAGCGAUGCUCUGCUGGUGCUGGAGGGGCUGGGGAGCGGGGAUGUCGGCCUUGACAUGGACGAGUGCACGGAGGGGGAUCCGGACGAUGAGGUCGGACGCAGAGAGUUUCUACUGAACAGGAAGAGGGAAAUUGUUCAGAAAAUGUCGGGGUCUUUCUCCAUCAGCAGCUUCCAGGCGGAGUUGAGGCGGCAGGUGGAGGGGAGCGAGGCGGCGGCUGCACACCUGCACGGCUCUCAGGUGUGCAGCCUCCACGGGGGGUUAGCUAGGAGGAUCUCGCAGGUAAGCUCCGGGGACUCAGAGGUGGCAGCCCAGGUUUCAGCCACAACACCGUUAUCUACACCCACACCGGUCCAGAACUCACCUUGGGGCACAAGUCCGAACCUGAGCCAGGUGUCCACCCCCAGGAGGAGGCCGGAGAGGUGUGCCAGUGCGCCCAGGACUCCCACCUCAGGCUGGGGCUCCGCGGGGGAAAAGAUGCUAAAAGUGCCAGGGAAGUCCAAAAAGGGCUCGUUAAAGAUCCGCCUGAGUAAACUGUUCCGGACUAAAAGCUGCAGCGGCUCCAAUCACCUGCUGGACAAAAGGCCCUCAGUGACCUACUCAGUAUCCUCUGCUGGGAGUCUGGUGGACAUGGCGAGCAGCCCUGGAGCUGAGCCGGACAGCCACAGCCAGCCCAGACUGACCCGGGCGCACAGUGCCUUCUCCCCCGCCUCCCUCUCUGCCUCCCUCUCUGCUUUCACCGGUGAGACAGUUUCCCUGGUGGAUGUUGAUAUUUCGCGGCGAGGGGCGAACACGCCUCACCCCCCCACGCCUCCCCCCCCUCCACGCAGAAGCCUCAGCCUGUUAGAUGACAUAGCGGGGCCUCAGCCUGGUCCCUUCCUAGUGAGUGUAAUGGGCGCCUCCCUGCAGUCCCUCCCUCUUCCUCUCCCUCCUCCUCCUCUUCCCUCACACGCCACCAUCCAGCACAGUCUCAGCCUCAAUGACGCCUUCCUCCGGGCCCUCCCCCACGCGGCCCCCUCCCCGAUGGACGCCCCCCCCUCCAGACAGGCUCCGCCCCCCAUGCUGUGCGCCCUGAGGCGAUCUGAGGCCAGCAACUUCACCGCCAGCCUGCGAGAGCUGGAGAAGUGCGGCUGGUACUGGGGUCCGAUGAACUGGGAGGACGCGGAGAUGAAGCUGAAGGGGAAACCUGACGGAUCCUUCCUGGUGAGGGACAGCUCGGACCCUCGAUACAUCCUGAGCCUCAGCUUCAGGUCGCAGGGCGUCACACACCACACACGCAUGGAGCACUACAGAGGGACGUUCAGCCUGUGGUGUCACCCGAAGUUUGAGGACCGCUGCCACUCGGUGGUGGAGUUUAUCGAGCGAGCCAUCAUGCACUCCAAGAACGGAAAAUUCCUCUACUUCCUGCGCUCCAGAGUCCCAGGGCUUCCUCCCACCCCGGUGCAGCUUCUGUAUCCUGUUUCCCGCUUCAGCAACGUGAAGUCUCUGCAACAUCUCUGUCGCUUCUGCAUCCGACAAAUGGUCCGCAUCGACCACAUCCAGGAGCUUCCACUGCCCAGACCGCUAAUAUCGUACCUGAGUAAGUUUUAUUACUACGACCCUGAGGAGGAGACGUACCUGUCCAUCAAGAGCGUCCGGAGGGCGGGGGGCGGGCAGGAGGCCGAGUCGCAGACGUAGCAGCAGAGAUCCUCGCAGCUCAAGUUUGUGAAUGGAGGACUGAUCUGAACUGGUCUGCCAGUCUUCCAGCAUCAGCCAAUCACAGUCCCUGGAUGUCUCCGUGUCUCCGGUCGGACUCGGACGGACGCGCCUCUCUCUGGACUCGGACUAACUUAAAAAGACGGACGAGUGUUUGCAGCGGGAAAAACUGUCAGUGAGACGUUCAGGUGCAGAGGACUCAGCCUCGUCUUCAGAGGGACUGACGAGACGUUCUCACCUGAGAAAACAUGUGGAAACUAAAAGGAGGAGAAAAAGAGGAUUACGAUGAACUUGAUUUUUCUGAUGCUACUGAUCUUGGACUUUUAAAAAACACACAAUGCACUGGUCGAUUUGUACAACUGUUGUUUGCUGCCGUUUCCUUGUUUUUCCUUCCAUGCUGUCAAAAAGAGAGUUUUGGGAUUAAGAGAUAUACACACGACGAGGCCGGGCAUUCACACUCUCGAGGGGUCAAAGACGGACAGGCCACCAUGUUGGAGGGCCUGUAAUCGCACUAAGGUUACCCUGUUUUUAUUUGUUAAAAGAAAUGGAAUCUUAAAGGGACACUUCAGCUUCAAAGUGAACAUUUGUAAAUCAAAAUCUCACCCCGUGACCUUAAACUCACAUGCCUCCAUGGGGGAUUAAGAGUCAUGAAAUGGAGAAAAGUCGUUAUGAUUUGAAGUAAAUAAGUAAAUAUGGAAUCUAUAAAUGAUGCUAUGAAUGAUAUAUGAACACAUCCCGAUGUAAAAACCUUUAGAAUAUUUAUAAGAAUAUAUUUGAAAAGUGAAUGGAAGUGAUCGUUAAGUGGAGAUUCAUGGUUUAGAGUAAAACAAGAUUUAACGAAAAUAUCCUUUAAGAAAUUGCAGAAGAAUAGAUUUAAUAUCACCAUGAAACUUCUCCACUUUAUCACUUACUUUUUGACCAUUUUUUAUUGUAUUACAAGCUUUGUUUAAGGUUAUGUCUGGGCGCUGCAACAACAGAACUAUAUUAAAACAUCCUUUUACAAAAUGUCACACAACAGGUGCAGUAUAAUCCAAGUCUACACACACGAAUUAGGAACAAUAAAUGUUUUGUGUGAGAAUGUUCACCAUUUUUAGAUAAUUUGUUCUCCAGUGGAGGCAUGUGAGAAAAAUAUCGUCUUUUUAAGAAUUCAAGGGUGAACCGAGGUCAUUCAUUGUUAUACAAAUGGGGGUGAAGAAGUCCUUUAAAAUGUUAGCAACAGUGCUAAUGGAAUGCUAAUAGCAAAGAGACAUAUGACAGAAAAUAGAAAUACGUGGAAGGGUUUUUCUCAGAGGAAGAUUUUACAUCAUAAACAUCUCAACCUUUGAAUGGUUUUUAUUGUGUUUUUGAGCCUGAUUGUAUUACAAACAUUUCAUUUUAUUUAGGCAAAUGAGUCCAAGAUUGGGCUUUCUUUGUCUGCAAAAGGGUGUUUUUUUGUUUAGUUUUUUCUCAACACUAUAGUGAUGAACCUGUCCCACUGAGGUCACUUUAAAUGAAAUGGAAACCACAGUAACAGAUAAAGUAUUUGUUAUACCUAAUGAAAAACAGGCAGAUUUAAUCCACUAACAACAACCGGAACAUCUGAGUCAAGCUCAUACGUUCUUAUCACCAUUUUUCUGCUGCUUUUUCCCUGCAUUAAGGUGUCAUGUAGAAAUGUGACUUUUCCCCACUUUAAAUCUCACAUGCAAAGCUUAAAUAUUCAGCCUGCAGAAACAGCCUUAAAUGAGCACAACCGCAGAUCUUCUAAAAUCCCAAAACAAUCCAAAUCCUGACCUCCAGCAUCUCUUGUUUGACACCGUCAUCGAGCCCUGAUCAGGUCACAGAAAUCGGUCCUUUUGUUUUUCAGGAAGACGUUGUUUUCAUCUCCCUCUGACAUGAGAGAUGUUUAGUUGAUGUAGUCGCCUAAAAAUGUCAUCUCUAUCCAAUCAAAUGAUAGGUUCAGAAAAUAACAUCUUGUUGCUUUGUGUCCCUUUGUGUUUCAUGCACUUUAGGAAUGUAAACUGAUUUCCUACAUUUCCCAGAAUGCCUCUUGGCAACCUUAAGAUGAGCGUUGCUGUUUGAAAUCAUAUAAUACAUAUAGCAAACUUGUCGCCCAAUUAUAAUAAUUAAGUUACCUUUGAUACUAAUAGCACAACAUGUCCUUGAGUUGCAAUGCAUUCUGGUACAUUGAGGCUUAUGUUGGUAGAUGACUUGGUAAUAUUGAUCACUAUGACAUGAUUUUAACAUAUAGUAGCUGGAAAAACACACCAAAGAUACGAAUAUCUUCAGAAAUGCAAUUAACAAAACAAACAGCUGAUUUUAACGAAGUUGUAUUUAAUAUAGCCACCUCUUUGAAUGCAAAAAAUGAAAAAGAUGUCACUUUUUAUUGUUGAGAUUAUAUAAAUUAUUUAUUUAUUAUUUAUUAAUAAUGCACUUAUGUUGAUGGGUAGAACACAGAACAGAAACCUUACCUUUUUAGAUUCAGAGGUAAGCGGAUUAUAAGGGUAAUUGUCUUUCUGAAUUCGAUGUUAUGGUACCAGGAGUUUAAAAGCCCACAUUUUGUUCCCAGAAUGCCUUGCCUCAGAGUGUGUGUACCUGCCGUGACUCAUCUCUACCUGUCGGAUUUAUUUGUUGAAAUGCCCAGGUGUGUUUUGCUCAUUCUAUUUCUCAGUACCCUGACGCUGGCUACUGGCUCAGCGCUUUCAGUAAAAAAUCAAGAAAAAUAAACUUUGCUG